UUCGCUCCUCCAUCGUCGAAGCGGAGUGGCGAUUGGCUGAUCGGCGACGUCGAGGAGGAGUGAGGAGCAGGGCACGGGGAGGGUGGGGCGCUGCCCUUCACCACCUGCGAAGAAGAAGACGAAGAAAAAGAAAAAAGUUUGCGAGCAUUCAUUCCUCAAACCCCGGCUAUGGCGAAGGAACACCACUUCCAGUUCUAAGUGUUGCAGAUCGUCACCGUCGCAUCAUCAGCCCUCCUCCCACCCCUCCCUUCCUCCCUCCCUGCUUCUUUCUCUCCCCUUUCACUUCCCGUUUACGUCCCUCUUGAGUUUGUGUCGUGGCCGAGGGCUUCGAUGUAGCUGUAGUGGCGCUGGACAUGCAAUGAUGUGGUGAUGGGAGCAGAGCGGGGACGGAAACGGGGACGGGGACAGGGACAGGGACAAGGGCUGUAGGUUAAGGAUCGGGGACGAAGUGAAGACGAGGACGAGUGGUUUUGUAGUGUUGGUUGCGAGAUUCUUUUAGUGUUGCCUAGGUUUGAGAUUCGGCUGGGCAGGGAUGGAGGGUGGACUGCGGGACGUGUAGCCGAAGAGGGCGUCGCAUGGAGGCAGGAUGUUGAGCAUGCGAGGUGUGCAUUGUUGCCAUGAAGAUUUUUAUCAUUUCGAAGGAUUGUUAAUCGACUCUGGGCUGUAAUGGGUCAUGUAUCACCCCUGGGUGUGCCUUUGAAAGUUGAUGGAGAACUCAUCCUCUUCUUUCACCUCGGGAAGUAGAACGCAGGGGUUGAGUCUACGACGAUAACAGAUAGUAAGGGGAAGGUCCACAAGCUCGUUGACGGACUUGUUGCACAGGUAUGGCUCCUACUGUAAAGUGUGCGCAUCCUGAAGGAAGUGAAACUCUGGAGGGGGGUUAUGUGACAGGCUUGUCAAGGGAACUGGAAGGGAUUCUGUUUAAUAUUGUCGAGAGUGGGAAUGUGCAAUGGUCUGACUCGAAGUGUAGUAUGGAACUUAUCGACCAGAGAACGGUAUCAGAUAUCCCUGCUUUGGACGAUGGAAGGCGACGUAGCUCACGUCUUAAAGGCAAGGUCUCUUUUAAAAACGCAGGGGUUUGUGGUGGGAGCUCGCCUGCUAGUAAAGAACCGUCAGGUAGCAGGAAGAAAGGUGGGCGGAAAAAGACACCUGUUCUUGAGAAUGUGCAAAGCAUUGAGGAUUCCGUCGAGGAACUGAAGAGCGAUGUGAAAGUUGAAGCUUUCCCUCAAGAGCUGGCCAUAAAAUCUGAGAAUGUAGGUGCUAACGCAGUGGACAAUAGAGCCUUAGCAGGCUCCGCUUCGACAUCUGAGGAACCGACGUUACUGCAUGGGACGGGUGAAGGGAAAGUGGCUAAAGUUAAGAAACUGGACGAUCUUGAUAUCUCAGAUGAAUCCCUUUGUAUGGAUAGAGAGGGUGCUGGAGCUACUGGACCUGUUGUAGAUACACGAGGGGAUUUUUGCGACAGUAACAUAUUUGAGAAUCUUCAAAGCAUCGUCAAUCUUCAUCCUGAAGAGAAUGUAAUUCAUAACGAGAUUCCGAGCGUUUCCAAAAGUGGGGCACAUGAAAUGAUUGAAAUUCAAGUGGCAAACACAUCAGAGGUCAAUCUGAUGAAUGAAGGAAGUAGGAAAAAUGAAACCGGGCUUGUCAAGGCUUACAAUGGAGGUUUAAGGACAGAAAAAUCUGUCUCUCAUGAUGUCACAGACCUGAAAAUCGUUCAAAAAAAUUGUGAAACCACUGCUGAAGCAACUACAGUUCCGACAGGAAGUGAGACAGGGCUUGUAUUGUCGGAUUUCAAAGAGGAGGCUGUUUCGAGAGGAAGCAAUAGCGCCUCAAAAGCAGGGGAUGAUACUUUGAAAUUAAAUGGGAAUGAUGGAGAGGAUUCGAGUUCUGUGACCUCUCAAGAUGAUAUCGCACACACACUAGCUGUAAGCGUAGAUAAAGAUACUAAGGUCGCAUCUGGUGAUAGCGCAACAGGUGGUGUUUCAAUAGUCGCAUCUAAUACCUCAUCAAACGAUAUGCAUAUGGUUACGAGUCCUGAAUUGCUGAGAGAAGAAACUACACACUCAAUUUAUAGGAAACAGAUGCUCGUUCAUUCUAAGGAGGGACAUGAAGAUGAUGUCCAUGUGGGAAGUAGGAACAGUUCGGAGGGUAGAUUUUCUCGAGUAUCUCCAUCCAAAAGCAGGACAUCAGCUCUCAGUUCUCAGUUAUUAAUGAGUGAGAACGAUGUCAAACAAAGAACAUCUAACAGUAUCUCGGAAGGGAGGGCGAUGACCCCGACAACAUUUGAAGCGACCUCCCUUCGAUUAGAUGAAGUAGAAGGGCGUUUUCUGCUUGUUCAAAAAUCUGAUUCACUCAAAUCAGUCAAUCAAGUGAUAGGCUUAUCUACUGGUGAUGUCGUUGGCGCUCUGAAAGUUGAAAGCAGUUCUGAGGUUACAAGAAAUCUUUCAAGUCACACUGAUAAUGCUGCUGGUGGAGAAGAUGAUUCAAGUGGUGUCACAGAGGGAGACGGUGAGAAAGUGGAUGAGAGCGCUAGCAUCAACUCCAAAGCUGGAUGGGUCAAAUGUGACGAUUGUAAUAAGUGGCGCAGCAUUCCAGUGGACCUUGCUGAGAAAAUAGGGGAAACAAAUGCUUACUGGUCAUGCAAGGAGAACCCGAAUAAGCAGUUCGCAGAUUGCUCUAUUCCUCAAGUGAAAAGUAACGAAGAAAUAAAUAGAGAUCUUGGAAUUUCUGAAAGUUCCCUCUGUAAUGAAGAUGAGGAUGAAGAACAUGACGAAACUUGUGAUUCUAAGCCCAUGUACAACGGUAUACAAGAAAAUGGACAAUCUGUAUGGACGCUCAUUAAGCGAAAUAUUUUCAAGCACCGCAGUCAAAAGCAUCAGGAUGCUGAUGAGGCAAUGGUAUGUCAGUGUGCACCUCCUAAACCUGGAGAAGUUGGCUGUGGCGAGGACUGCCUAAAUCGGAUGCUUAAUGUCGAGUGCUUGCCGCAACAAUGUCCAUGUGGACCAUUUUGUACAAAUCAGCAAUUCCAAAAGCGGUUGUAUGCAAAUGUGGAACUAUUUCGAUGUGGGAAAAAGGGUCAUGGGCUUCGAGCUCUGGAGAACAUACCAAGGGGCACAUUUAUCAUAGAGUAUGUUGGGGAGGUGUUAGACAUGCCAUCAUUUGAAGCGCGUCAGAAGGAGUACUCUAUGAACUCGCAAAAGCAUUUCUAUUUUAUGACUUUAAGUGCCAAUGAGAUUAUUGAUGCUUGCAGUAAAGGCAAUCUGGGGCGUUUCAUUAAUCAUAGCUGUGAACCCAACUGUCAAACGGAGAAGUGGAUGGUGGACGGGGAAGUUUGCAUCGGGCUUUUUGCUAUCCGUGACGUGAAAAAGGGAGAAGAGGUCACUUUUGAUUACAACUUUGUACGUGUUGGUGGCGCCGAUGCCAAGAAAUGUGAAUGUGGUGCAAAUAAGUGCCGAGGAUUCAUUGGAGUUGACCCAGAUACUCCACAGAAUGUUGUGGAUAUAGAUAGUGAUGAUGGAGAGGACCCAGAGCCCAUAAUGUUAUGUGCAGAAAGCGAUGAGGACCUUGAUGGUAACGCCGAGAAAGGAAAAGAGGGGGCGGCGAAGAAAGCAAGAAUAACAGCAGGUAGUGAGAGCGUGCUCAAGAACAACUGGAAACUCAGAGGAGUCAAACGUAAGUUCUACGUAGGAGGUGCGAAGGAUAUCGAGAGCCCGAAGAAAUCAAGGCGUGUGAAAACAGCAGCAGUUCCUAAAUUGGGAAGUCAUAGGCUAGCACCGUCGAGGGUUUUUGCUGGCUCUCGCUCUGGCAUCCGCAGAACUUACCAAAGUGAUGUUGAGGAGAAAUUAGGGGAAUUAACAAAUGAGUCUGGAGGGCUUCGAAAGCAAAGGGAUACUGCUAAGCAGUACCUAAAACUAUUGGUGCUUACAGCAGCUUCUGGCGGCAGUGUAAAUGGGGCUGCUGCUUGCAGUGCUCGCGACCUAUCUAUGCUUUUGGAGGCACUCCUCAAAACUCAAAAGUUGAGUUUGCUUAAGGACAUCAUGAACAAGAACGGUUUACAGAUGUUCCAUAACUUGCUUAAGCAGUUUCGGAAGUCCUUUGAGAAGAGACCAAUACUACGCAAGUUGCUUAAGGUUUUGGAUUAUCUAGCAAAAAACAGAGUUUUGACUGUGGAGCACAUUUUCAGUCCUCCGCGAUCAGGCACAGAAUGCUUUUCCGACACGCUCUUCGACCUUUCUAGGCAUGAUGAUAUGGAGGUUCAGAAUAUGGCUCGUACUUUCAGGAAACUAUACGUACCGCCACGGCCGCACAAAACAAUCACAAGCACUGAACGACCCCUAGCUAAGCCAUCUUUGCAACAGACGCCUGUUACACUUUCCUCCUCCUCAGCAGUAGAGUUUUCUCAUGGAGGUUCAUCAGCUAACAACUCAGCGGAGCAGCCCUCUACUGUGCUGGGAGGACCAGUGGAAGGAACUUCAGCAAACCCUCCCACAACUAGUAGGCGAAAAAGGCCAAGUCGGUGGGACACUGUCUCAGAUACUGAAACAGCUACUACAACUAGUGUGUCUGCAGGGUUUGGGGUUUGCCAUGGCGCAUCACAACAUCAUCCGCAAGGCUGCUUGUCAGAGGAGGCUAACCCUAGCUUCACACCCAGGAGCCAACUUCCAGCACCUUCUGCAUCGCAACAACCUUCUGCAGUGCAAUCCCCGUCAGUUCCUUCUGAUCCCUCACAAAGGCCUUCAGUAUCUUCGACACCAGCAGGAAUACCGGGACGACCUGCAGGACCCUUUCCACCUGUUCAACAUCAUGGGGGCCAUCAUAUGGUGCAGCCUGGGGUAAUACAACACCAAGGAUUUCCGCCUGGCCAUGUUCCUGUAGGGUUGCCAGGUCAUAGGCAAGCUAUUCCCUCGGGACCCAUGCUCAUGGGUUUGCCGAGAGGUCCCAUGGGCAAUGAAGUCCCUCCAAUGUCACAGAGGUCUUAUUCUGGAGGUAAGCUCCCGAGAUCAGAUAUGUUAUCUGGACCCCACCCUAUGCAAGGUGGUCCCUUGCAAGUACCAGCAGCCGGUGUGCAUCAUACAGCUUUUCCAUACCAUCUAGGACAACCUAACCAGGCUUCUGCGUCCAUGCACGGUGUACCCCCUGUACAAUGGCCAUCGAUGUAUGCAAUGGGUGGUCCCAUGUUUGGCGGGCCUCCGUUGGCACCUCCACCGCCACCUCUCCCACCUUCCGGAAUACCUUGGGGACAUAAUGGCUCAAGAUCGAUGGAAGGAUUUGCAGGUAAUGCUUCGAGGUUAAAUAAAGAGGCUCCUGAAGCUAGUGGAGGUCAAGCGAAGCGCGGAUAUCCCGCUUCGCAAAGCUCAAGUACGAAAACUGUAAGUAAUGAGCCAACGGGAUCCGAUACAGCAGGAGAGCCCCCCGUGCCUGGAAUAUCACCAACGAGUCUCCGGGGUAGUCGAACAUCAGAAAGAACCCUAAGUAGUGCCUCAGAGCCGGCACAAGGCUCUCUAAGAUCUCACAACGAAAGUAGUGUCACUAGGUUAGAAGCUCCGCCACAUAUCCAGAGAGAUGAUUACGGGGCCAGGACGACCGGAAACGACUUCAAGGCGUCAAAUUGUUCCCGUAAUAUGCCAAACAACGUAGGAUCAAUUCUACAGGCACACUCUCAUCCAGAUUACAUCGAAAGUGUGCAUGACAAUGGCCAGAGAGUGAUGAGUUGGGAAACUCCUGAAUGUUCUAGCUUUCACCACCAUGUUUCCGGUAUGGUUCGUGCUCGAGUCGAAAUGAAGCAAUUGGUACAUUACAAGGACUUUGAGAAGUUUUGCAGGAAGCUGACUGAAGUUGUCACUCGUAAAGAAAUCAAAAAGUAUAGAGAAAACAAAACGCAGGGAAUGGCAAAAGUAAUCCUCAGAAGCAAACUAGUGGAGAAGGUGGAUGCUUAUGUAGACUUGCAAAUUGGACUUUACAGCAAAUCUAAUAAAUUGAAGAGUGGCGAAGGGCAGUCCUGAAGGAAGCUACCAGCACCUAGGCCCAGUUCAGCGGCGUUUGUACAGUAGCCCCGAAGAAGUUGCAUCUAACUUUUGCGUUGUAGUGUAGACUUAUUCUUCGAAAUAAUGGCAACAAAAAUGGGGCACCACUUCAUACUUGCGUCCCUUCUUACAGAAAUUUACAUUGUUGUGGCAACCAUUUACCCCAGGUUAAUGGAACAAUUUUUUUCUUGCAGUCUCAAGAAGUGAUGUGUGGUAGCAGUUUUCUGGGAUGGACUUGGUUGUGCUGUUCUUUAUCCCACUUCACGGUCGGCAUGUCUAGGUAACUGGCCACCACCUUAAUGUCAAGCAUUACACACUCGGCUUGGUAGUUGCAUUCAGAAACUCGAGAGACGGGAGUAAGAAGAGAUUCAACUUUCGAAUACCGAAAAUGCAGUGAACUCCAGUAUAUAAUCGUGCCGGUGUAAUGACGAGGAAAAAGCACGCCAUUCCAACUGGAGAAUACUGUUCUUGAUGCGCUUUCGAGAUAUGACUUUCCCAGUCCCUCGUAAGAAACUGUCCAUUUGGGACUGGGACCAAGUAGUGGAUUGUAAGAAACUCUGCAGUUUCUUCUCAUCAUUUGAUCAAGCAUGAAUAUUCUUUUAUUUCUUUGCCUGAAACCACUUCAUUCUAAGUGACACAAGUCCUCUAACGUAGCUUCGUCUUGAACCAGGCUGUGUGAAAUAUCUAUUAAGCCUAAAUUACGACAAUGAUAUGGCAUAUUGUGGACACUCAGUAAGCAAGGAAACUUAAGUUUAAAGACCAAAGGAAUUAGGGUGCUGAUAAUUUAUUAGAGCUUAGAAUCUGUUAGGUCACCUAUAGUCUUAAAAGUAAACUUUCAUAAUCGUUAUACUGGAUGGAACAUGAGAUUUUUUCCAAUAAUCAUAGAGAUUAUCCCUC